UGGAUCGUAGUAUGAUGAAUAAUGUUCAUAUCAAAAAUGAAGAUAUAAUUAUUUGUAAUGAAAGUGAUACCAAGGAUUUUUUGCGUAAGGUUGAUGGUAAACAAAUCUUAGUACAUAAUGUAAGAAAUGCUUUAUGGAAGCACCCCUAUUUUAAUGUUUAUACCAUAUGUAUACCAGAUCAUAUGCAUCAUGCAGAUCUUGAAACAGCUCUCCCAAAUUUCUCACUAUCCGAACUUCAAAGUUUUAAAAAUGGAUUUGAAAGACUUACACGAUUGACUGUAGUAGAAUAUCGUGAUUUAAUGAAAAUCAUGUUAUUUGUCUUAAACAAUCUAAUACCAGAUAAAACACUUAAUAAGAAAUUAUGUGAUCUUUAUUCGUUAUGGAUUGAUAUGUACAUAUGGAGCCGUAGACUUGGAUAUAUUGAAGAUGAUCUUCAGGAAUUUGAAAUAAAUCUUUAA